UAUAGUGCAGAAAAUACGGUAUAUUAAAAUAACCCAUCUUCCUCCGUAAUUAUUUGAUAUCUAGCUGAUAUUAUACUGUGUUAUUACUUUUUUUUUUUUUUUAACUUCAAUUUGAUGAUGUAUUUUAUUUUAAGCCCCACUGCCCUCCCCAGUGCGUGAUGUGCGCGGACAUGAGCCGGAGCCACAGGAGGCAGUCGCUGCGUUCACGUGUUCACGCACACAAACUCAGUCACAUGGAGAAACAGAGGGACACACGGGUGGAGAACCUCUCCUCAUUAACUAAUGGGUGGCAGCACACACACAUAACGCAACUUCUUCUCUUCUCUGUAGCCUAACCCAAUCCACGCGCUGGUCUCUCACCGCUGUCAUCUCUCCUCAUUGAUGAAGUGAAGCGUGCUGCUGGUGGCUCGUCUCUCCUCUCCUGGAUUCCAAAGCAUGGAGGCUGUGGCACUUUUCUCCUUCGCCGCAUCCGAAGCGGACGAGCUCAGCUUCCAGAAAGGGGACAUCGUCAAGGUGACAGAAAUGGAGGAGGAUUCUUGUUGGUACACAGCAGAGAUGGAAGGGAAAAGGGGCUACGUGCCGCAGAACUACAUUUCUCUUCUGCCUCAUCCGUGGUUCGCGGGCCCGGUGUCGAGACUGGAGGCGGAGCGGCGUCUGCACUGGCGGGAUAGCGGCACGUUCCUUGUGAGGGAGAGUGAGUCAGCCCCCGGAGAGUUUUCCGUCUCCGUUAGCUAUGGCGACAGGGUGGAGCAUUUCCGAGUGCUGGAGGGGGGCGGUCAGUACUGCAUCUGGGAUGAGUCCUUCAGCUCCCUCAACCGGCUGGUGGACUUCUACAAGACUCACAGCAUCGCCGUGGAGAAGGUGGUCCGCCUCCGAGACCCCCCCUCGGAAGUGUCCCUCCGCCAGGGUUCCCGCGCUGGCCGUAACCCUUAUCCUAACCCAUACAAAAGCACCUCUCUGGAGUGCCUCUCUUCGGCCCGCCUCCACGGCCCUCACCCCUUGAGAGAGUCGUCCUCUGUGCAGCUGCUGGAACAGGUUUUGGGGAAGCCGCGCCUGGCUCAUGCCCUGUGCGACUACGCCCCGCCACACACCGCCCACCUGCAUUUCCUGCGCGGUGACCUUAUCGACCUACUGGACUGCUCUGGCUCGCGCUGCUGGAGGGGCCGCUGCCGCGGGCGCGUCGGCGUCUUUCCGCCGCAGUACGUCCAGCCGCUGUACCACUGACAACAUCAUCUCGUGUCAGUCACAACAGAGCUGCAUCACUGCCACUGAAACAUGGCCUGAUAAGGAAUCAAACAAUACAGUGGAACCUCUAACGUCAAAAGAAUUUGGAAAUCGACCAAAAUUUCAACGUGGUAUGUGUGUACCUUUUUUUUGUUUUGU